CAUUCGCCAGUGUCUGGGAACUGGGCUCCAUAGCGCUCGGCCUCGGAUCACUUGGUUUUGACACAUACGUCUGAGAAAUUACAAACAUAAUUUUUUCAUUUCCAAAAUGCAACGAAUAAUCGGUGUAAUUCUUGUAGUUUUGCAAGUCAGUUGGCUAGGCAGUGUAAACGGUUUGGUCAACGAGGAGGUGAAACGCACAGUGGAUCUGAGCACGCACCUUGCCAAGAUAACAUCGGAGAUCCUUCUAUCAAACCAGGGAGACUCUCCUGCACAAAGCUUUAUCUUGGCUUUGGAGCCCGACCUUGCUCCACACCUUGCGUACAUCGGAGCGUCUAUAAAAGGUGAGGAAGAGGAGGAUGGCACCCUAGAACUGAAGGAGACAUCACUGCCAGGCCAGAGUGGAAAAUUCUUCCAGGUGCAGCUGCCCUCCUCCUUGGCAGUUGAUGGUAAGCUACGUGUAAAGGUUGAGACUGUUUUGAGCCAUGUGCUUCGGCCCUUCCCCACUCACAUCACCCAAGCCGAGCGGCAGUUGGUGGUGUUCCAGGGCAACCACUACCUGUACUCGCCCUACCCCACCCGUACUCAGACCACCCGAGUUCGUUUGGCCUCCAAGACUGUAGAGAGCUACACCAAAUUGGGCAACCCCAGCAAAAAUGAUGAUGUCAUCGAAUACGGGCCCUUCAGGGACAUUGCUCCAUUUAGCCAGGAUGCCAUGAAAAUCCAUUACGAGAACAACACUCCCUUCCUUACCAUCAGUAGUAUCACACGCACCAUUGAGGUUUCCCACUGGGGGAACAUUGCAGUAGAGGAAACCAUUGACCUGCGUCAUACUGGAGCCUUUUUGAAGGGGCCCUUCUCCCGGUAUGAUUACCAGAGGCAGUCUGACAGUGGAAUUUCCUCAGUCAAAUCUUUCAAGACCAUCCUCCCCGCCUCUGCUCAGGAUGUGUACUACCGCGAUGAGAUUGGCAACAUCUCCACCUCCCACCUGCAGGUUCUUGAGGACUCUGUUGAGGUGGAGGUGCGGCCCCGCUUCCCAUUGUUUGGAGGCUGGAAGACUCAUUAUAUCAUUGGCUACAAUCUGCCCAGCUACGAGUACCUGUACACCCUCGGUGAUCAGUAUGCCCUGAAGAUGAGGCUUGUGGACCAUGUUUAUGAUGACCAGGUCAUUGACCAACUCACUGUUAAGAUCAUUCUUCCGGAGGGAGCAAGAAAUAUCCAUAUGGACACUCCUUACCCUAUUGACCGUGACCCAGACCAGUUACACUACACUUAUCUAGACACCUUUGGCAGACCAGUACUGGUGGCCACUAAGAGUAACCUUGUGGAGCAGCACAUUCAGGAUGUGGUGGUACACUACACAUUCAACAAGAUUCUGAUGCUGCAGGAACCACUGCUUGUGGUUGGAGCUUUCUACAUUUUGUUCUUCACUGUCAUCAUCUAUGUGCGUCUGGACUUCUCCAUCACCAAGGACCCUGCAGCAGAAGUGAGGAUGAAGGUCGCCUCCAUCACUGAGCAGGUUCUGACUCUGGUGAACAAAAGGUUGGGGUUGUACCGCCACAUGGACGAAGUGGUGAAUCGUUACAAGCAAUCCCGAGACACCGGAGCCCUGAACAGCGGCCGUAAGACCCUGGAGGCGGAGCAUCGCACCCUGACCAAUGACAUUACCUCUCUGCAGGCCAGGCUUAAAGCAGAGGGCUCUGACCUGGCUGAAAAGGUGGGUGAGGUGCAGAAGCUGGACGGCCAGCUAAAGGAGCUGGUCUGUCGUUCCUGCCAGGAGGCCGAGCGGCUGGUGGCCGGGAAGGUGAAGAAGGAAGCUUACAUCGAGUCAGAGAAAACACAGGCCAGCAAGAGGCAAGAGCUAGUGAGCCGCAUAGACAGCUUGCUGGACGCCUUGUAAUCAGUCAUCGCACCCGGGCUUACGUUAGCCAUGCCAUGCAGAACCCAGCCAUGCCCUUCCACACGCUCACAUGCAGCUGAUCUGGGGCCUGUUUUAAAAACAAGUACUCACAUAUACGUCGACACUUCUAGAUGCCCAUUCACAUUGAUGCUUUUGUGUAAAACUGGCAUCGCAGGGGUUUUCUGCCCAUUUUCCUUGGUAUUCUUUGAGUAUUAAGGUUGUGUUUGAGUGUGUGUGGGAGCUUUGCAGGCGCGAUCAGACGCAGCAGUUUCUAUGUUUAAAUUUGGGAAUGUUUUUGAAUAUUUGUUUUCAGCUUAGAAAAAUGUUAAAUUGAUGACUGUUCUUUAAGAGUCAGGACCAUACAGUGGCCAUCUCGCAUUUUACGGUUGUCAUGGCUGUUUGCAGUUUUUUUUUUUUUGGGGGGGGGGGGGGGGGCGGGGGGUUGGAUGGAUGGUCGAUGGGGUCUGUGGAUUGGAACUCCCACUUUGUCAGUCCUCAUUGCACUUAAUCUCACACAUUUGUACAACUGGUCCCCGUCCUUUUGUGAAAAAUAUAAAUGAUACUAAUGCGCUGACUAUUUGUGAAAAUUCUCAUCAAUGGCUUCCGUACAUGUUUUCACCUUUUCUACUUGGACAUUUUCUUACUUUUCUUUUUUUUUUUUUUCUAUGAUUUCUCAUUUGUAAAUGCUAUGCUUUCAUGAACAUGAGAUUAGCAAAUGCAUGAGAUUGGUGUGUGGAUAGGGAAUGGACUUCAGGAAGACGUUUUCAGUUUAAAUUACAGUGAUAUCAGAAAAUGCUGAAUCCGAAAUAAAAAAAAAACAGAUUUUUUGUUUCA